AUGGACGUCAAGGCCGAAGAGUUUAUCGGACUGCUAACCCACCGAGCGGCCCAACUGGGCCAACACGACAAUUUCAAGCCCAUCGUCGGCAUAGCCUCUCUUGUCCUCUUGGCCUAUUUCAUAUACAAUGUCGCCUACGCAACUGAUAUCCCUUACAUAUCGGGACUGCCUGAAAUCCCGGGAGCUGUCCCGGUAUUUGGCCACCUGCUGAAGCUUGGCGAGGAUCAUGCUACCACGUGUGAGAAAUGGUGGCGCCGGUACAACCAUUCCGUCUUCCAGAUCAAGCUGGGAAACACCCGGGCUGUGGUCGUCAACUCAUUCGACGACUGCAAGAAGAUGCUCCUAGGCCACCAGAACGCAGUCAUCGACCGUCCCAAGCUCUACACAUUCCACGGCGUCAUCAGCAGCACACAGGGCUUCACGAUCGGCUCCUCUCCCUGGGACGAGUCCUGUAAGAAGAAGCGCAAGGCUGCCGGCACUGCUCUCGGUCGCCCCGCCCUCAAGAACUACUACCCCAUGUUUGACCUGGAGAGCUACUGCAUCCUGCGCGACAUGCACAAGGACAGCAAGGAUGGCGAGAUCGAGGUCGACGUCCGCCCGUACAUCCAGCGGUAUGCCCUCAACACGACCUUGACUCUCUGUUACGGUAUCCGCAUGGACGAGGUCUACGACGAGCUCCUCCGUGAGAUCCUGCACGUCGGCUCGGCCAUCUCCCUGCUCCGCAGUGCGUCUGAGAAUCUGCAGGACUACGUGCCCAUUCUUCGCUAUUUCCCCAACAACGAGAAGAACGCUCGGUCCAAGGAGCUCCGCGAGCGUCGCGACGCCUACCUCAACCUCCUCCUCGACAAGGUGCGCGACAUGAUCAGGAGGGGCGUCGACAAGCCGUGCAUCUCGGCGGCCAUCCUCAAGGACGAGGAGAGCAAGCUCAGCGGCGUCGAAGUGUCGUCGAUCUGUCUCUCUCUGGUCUCGGGUGGCUUCGAGACCAUCCCCGGAACUCUGACCUCCUGCAUCGGCUCUCUCUGUACAGAGGAGGGACAGGUGUGGCAAGACCGCGCCUACGAGGACAUCAAGCGCCACUAUCCCGACAUGUCGGACGCCUGGGAUGCCUCGUACGUCGAAGAGAAGGUCCCGUACGUCAACGCCAUCGUCAAGGAAGCGGGCCGCUACUACACCGUCAGCGCCAUGAGCCUGCCGAGGAAGACGGUCACCGAGGUCAACUGGAACGGCGCCAUAAUCCCCCCCAAGACCAUGAUCCUCAUCAACGCCCAGGCUGGCAACCACGACGUCGACCACUUCGGCCCCGACGGCGGAAAGUUCAGGCCGGAGAGAUGGCUCAAGAGCAUCGACCCCCCCGUCGAGCAGGAGGGCAGUGGACUCGGCCAUCUCAGCUUCGGCACCGGGUCCCGCGCCUGCUCCGGCCAGUACAUCGCAUCGCGCCUUCUGUACUCUUCCCUCAUCAGAAUCCUCUCGUCAUACAAGAUCAUUGCGAGCGAAUCGCACCCUCCCAACACCGACUACGUCGACUACAAUCAGUUCAAGACGGCGCUGGUGGCCAUUCCCAGGGAGUUCAAGGUCAAGCUCAUUCCCCGAGACCCGGCGGCCCUGAGCGAGUGUCUGAGCGCGGCUGAGCAGAGGACCAAGGAGCACUACAAAGAGUGA